GACUGGAUAAUAGUAUAGGUGAAAUUAUGAUCAAAGAAAAGGUGGGUACGAAAAAAGCCAAAGGACAGAUUUACGAUUUUAUUCUAGCACACAAUCCUGACACCAAACGAAAUACUUUAUAUCAGCGCAUCAAUAGAGCCAGGAAGGUUUAUGAGUUUACCGAAAAAAUAGGAGUUGAUAAAAUCAAGUAUAUCAAAACGUAUAAUGCGAAUGCUAUCGCAGAUUUAUCUGUUAGCCAGAUUCAAACUAUUAUUGAUUAUUUCUCCAAGAACCCCAACACUGAAUUACCAGAUGAUCAAGAAGGCUCUAAUAUCGAUUCCGAAGAGGAGAUUUCGGAUGAUCAAACAGAUGCAUCGGAGGCGGUUUCAGCUGAGUCACCUCUUCCUGUAUCUUAUGACUUUAAUUCUUCAA